CAACAUGGAGGUCACAUCUCUCUGCUUCAGACUGUUGAUGCUUGAAUUCAUUCUGCUGGGGACAGAAGUGCAGAACAGUUAUACUCAGGAAAGUGUUUUAGGUGCAGCUUUUCUUUGGAUCAGUCCGAACAGGCCGCAGCACUUUGAAUAUGAGUCCGUCUCUUUUCACUGUGAGGGGACUGAUGGGUCCACUCAGCUGAAAGGAAUCAGGAUUACUGAGGAAUUUAAACCAGUAUGUGAUAUUAAGAGGACGCCAAAAGGGGCCUUCUGCACUAUUGAUAAAAUCUAUACAGUCGAUAGUGGAGAAUACUGGUGUGAGACUGAAGGGGGAGAAAAAACCAACAGAGUCAACAUCACUGUCACUGCUGGAUCUGUGAUCCUAGACAGUCCUGUUCUUCCGGUGAUGGAGGGAGACAAUGUGACUCUGUGCUGCAGAAGCAAGAAUAGCUCCAACAAGCUCUUAGCUCAUUUCUACAAGGAUGGCGUCCUCCUGCAGGGCAGUCCUGCAGAAGAGAUAACCAUUAACAAUGUUUGCAAGUCUGAUGAAGGCCUCUACAAGUGCAGCACCUCUGAGGGUGAAACAUCUCCAGGAAGCUGGCUGGCUGUCAGAGGACUUCACAUAGAGGCUUGUGUCUGCACGGACCACUUUGUUCUUAUUCUCCUCCUCUUAAGGACUGUGUUCACCAUUGUGAUGGUGGCUCUGCUGCUGCUGCUGGUGGGACUACUUCACUGUGGGAAACUCAAAGUUACAUCCAAGUAACUCACGACCUAUAUAGACUGUCUUUCAUCAGACAAAACAGUUUAAAAAAAAUAAUGACUAGGUUUUGAAGUGUUCUUCACCACAGAGGUGGUGGACAGAUGAGAUGUAUUUUCAAAAGACCUGCUUUGAGGGGUGUCACUUUAUCUUAUUCUGGGUUUUAAUGAGAUGCUAGAGAUGCUGUUGAUCAUUUACGCUUCUUAGACAAUGAAAAAAAGGACAGAAAAAGAUAAAUAGUUAAAGUUAAAAUAACUAAAGGUUCAAGACAUUUUCUACAGAUCAGGUUGCUCUAACAUGACCGAGUUUGGCUGCUUAUGCUUGUAAAAUUAAGUAUGAAAACAUACUUCUUGGAAAUAUGAACAAGAGCAAGGGCUUUGUGGAUGAGGACAAACUGUUGAGAUCUGAUAGUAUCGUGUACAGGCUGCCGCACUGUAUGGAAAAACUAGAAAUAAGAAAUGAGAGAAAUGAGACUUAUUUUACACUGUAAUGUUUCUUUGUGGUUUGUGAAGUGCUAUAUAAAAUACUUUUUUAUUGUUAUUGUGAUGAGAAAGUAUUCAGACUUGAGUUGUGCAUGUGUAUGUCUGUGUAUUACUAAGAUAAGAUGUAUUUAUUUAUACUGUAUGUUUUGCAGAGGCAUGCAAAUGUUGAGGGAAAUAUUAGAAUAUUCAGGAAUAGUCGCUUCCCAUUUGUACUGUGGCUGAAUUUUAGACAGUUUGUAAGUUUUCUGUUUCUGUCGAUUUAAAAAUGAAAUGAGACUUAUUUUACUGUGUAAUCUUUAUUUUUGGUUUGUGAAGUGUUUUAUAAAAUACUUUAUUGUCAUUGUGACGAGAAAGUAUUUAGACUUGAAUUGUGUGUGCGUAUGUGUGUGUAUUAUAAGAUAAGAUGUAUUUAUGUUUUUUAUGUAUUUUAUUAGUCCUAUGUCUUACUGGAAACAACAUAAGCCAUACAACAAGAACUCUAGUGUCUUAU